AUGCCCUGCUGCUCGUCUUCUACUAAUAAAAGUUGUUGUACCUCGACUGCAGGUUCUUCCGCGGUUCAAAAUAUCGCUUCCCCUUCCACAAAUUCUACUGUUAGGAAAGCAUCAUGCUGUGGUUCAAAUAGCUCGAGCAGAUGCAAAUGCGGAACAACUUGCGCUUGUGAAGGCUGUAAUACCACCAAGCUAUGA